AUGUUCCAGAAUGAGGAAGACAAAGAGAAAAUUCUUCAGGGCAGAACGUGGAGCUUCGAUGGUCAAUACCUCCUCCUAAAGCAGUGGGAUCCUAACCAUAUGAGGUUCUUAGAGGAGGAGGAGAGGGUCAAGUUAUGGGUCCACAUUUUGAAUUUACCUCUUCAUUGGCUGUCAGCGGAGGUAGGCCUGAAGAUUGGGAAGUCGAAUCUGAACGAACCUAUUCUGAGGGGUAUGAACAUUACUCUGCGACAGGAGACUCAUUGGGUGGACUUCAGGUAUGAGGGUUUACUUAGCUUUUGUUUUUACUGUGGCAGAAUUGGUUAUGGGGAUAGAACUUGCUCAGUUAAAAAAGAAGAUAUCAAUAGGAAUAUGCUCAAGCUAGGGCAAUUUGGAGACUGGCUUAGGACUUUUGGGUUUAGUCAAGGGGAUUCUAGAAUGUCGUGGCCUAGUCUUGGGGAUAAAUCAGGGUCUGAUGUUAAACUCUCUAGAACUCAGGCUAAUGAGCAUGAGAUCAAUGAGAGUGAAGGCAAAGGUCACUCUGUUGGUACCUCUAGCAAAAGUGUUACUGAAGGGGUUAAAGACUUAGUGGUUAAGUCUCUUGAUAUCCCAAAAGAGGUUGUUGCUGUGGCUGCUGCUCACAGUAAUCCUUUGAGUCCUGUUGUUGUGGAUAAUGAAAUGCUUAUUGACUCUUCUAAUAUUUCCUCCCCUAACAAUGUGGAUUGUACUGAUCUGGUUGAAAUCAAAAUUGCUGAAUUUAAACCAUCUGUUGAAAUGCCUAAAUCUAGGAAAGGUUUUAAAAGACAACCUAGAGCUGUUAAAGUUGGCCUCAGUGAUAAACUGAAGAUUUCUAAAAAAGGCAUUAUUAUCAAUGAAACAAAUGACUCCCAACUUCUGAAAAGAAAUUUUGAAACUAUUGGGGAGGAUGUUAUUGAUUCUGAUAAUGGUUCUAAAAGGCUGAAAGGGGAUAGAUGCUCUAAUACUCAGGAAACACUGAAUGAAGUCCAGAAUUAUUUUGAUAUGCUCUUCUAG